GUCAUUAAGAUUGACGUAGAGAAAAGGCCAUCACAACCUAAAAAAUACUUGACACAAGUUCGGGUCUGGUAAUAUGUAGAUUCGUUAAAAGGAAUCCUUUUUUGUCAAAAUUAUGCAGAAGAAACGAAUCAGCAUAUUUUUCCGAGCAGACUCGAGAUACUUCCUGGACUAUAUUAUCCCCAAGAAUCAUAUAUUUCGUUUUAAUCCAUGACCAGCUGUAGGGAUUUCCAUUUCCAACCUACCAGAACUGAAUUGGAACAACCACAUGUCGCAUGUCAGGCAAGCGUUCGACGAUCUUUGGAGCAACAGCGAACUUACGGACGUUACUUUAUACGCAGAUGGCAAAAAAAUCCCUGCCCACAGGAUGCUCUUAUCCGCUUGCAGUGCAUACUUCAGGGACCUUUUUAGAGCUUUCCCUCAGGAGCACCCUAUAGUUGUACUUAAAGGGGUCAACUACGUGGUCUUAACCGAUAUCCUUAAGUUUAUUUACAACGGCGAAGUCAGUGUGGACAGUGCUGUGUUUGAACGCUUUUUACAAACUGCCGAGUAUCUGCAGAUCAGCGGGCUCACAGAAAAUCUAAUAAAAGGUGCACAAAACGCCGAGGCGGAAGCAGAGAAAAAUGAGGUGAAGCAGAAGGUUAGGAGACGUAAAAGAAAGUGUUCAAGUUCGAUACCUGAGGAUGGGUUGCUGAAGGUUAUUAAACAGGAGGAAGAUAAUGAUAUUGUUAAUAGGGAUGAAUGUAGCGAGGAACAGGAUUUGGUGGGCAGUAUACCUCCGGAUAUCAAGAUUGAAUCAGAAGACAAUGAGGAAAAAGCCAUGGAGGAAGAGCUUCUGCUGCCACUUGAGGAAAAAUCAACAGAAAAUAACUCUUUAAAAUGCCCGAUUUGUUCUAAAGUCUUUUCACAUCCUUACAGCUUGCACCAUCACAAACCUGUGCAUAUGGGCAGAACCCAAUGCCCGAUUUGUCAUGCGGUCUUGUCAAGAAGGUACAAUUUAAAGAUGCACAUGAAGACGAGACACAAUGUGAUGUAACAUUCAGUAAUUUGAAGUUCAACUUGCACGAAUGUAUGCAAACGUUAACUGUAUUCUAGUCAUUAUUUUGUGAUUGUAAAUCGUAUUUGAAGAUUAUAUAUUGGCAUUAUUGUAAAUUAUUGAAGCAUUUAUUCAGUGUGGUAAUAGAAUGUUUAAGAAUA